AUGACGGACGUUGAUGCAACGCAAAUGCUUAUUUAUCCCGAAAAUCAUCAAAUUGCGAAGAAACGGAAGGCGAAUUUCACAGCAAGUGAAAAAUCCUAUCUGGCAGACCUCGUUAAGGACAAUUAUAACAUUCUAUUCGGACAAUUUUCAAGCAGCUUAACUGCAAAAAUGAAGCACGAGAAAUGGGAGGAGAUCGCCGGAAAGAUCAACGCCAUAGGUGUGGGUAGCAGAACUGUGGCGGAGUUGAAAACUCUUUGGAACAAUCUACAAAUGAAAGCUAAGAAAGCGAAUGGAUUUGAAAAAAGAGAGUCAGUAAAGACAGGAGGCGGGCCAGCACCGACUCCCUUGGACGAAACCACUAAUGUUAUCAUCAGCUUCAUGAAUGACAAGCCGUCAUUCAGCGGCAUACCCGGAGGAGUAGAAACCGGCCCUGUCUACGAUACAAAUGCAAUUUUUGGCCUCGAGGCCGAACCGAAGGAAGAAGACUCCUUCACGAGCCAUGACCCCAGCACAUCCGCUGACAUGCCGAUAAAAGCAGAGUCGUCCUCGUCCUCGUCAUCGUGCGAGAAAAGAAGGAUUUCGACCGGGGAUGUCACACGAGCUCAGUACAACAACUUAAUUGAAGAUAAAAAGAGAAUAAAAUUAGAAUGUCAACGGCUGGACCUUACAAUAGAUGGGCUUAAAUUGAAGAAUGCAAACCUUGUAUUAAUGAAUGCAAAGCUUCACUUAGAGUUAAUAGCAAUUCAAAAAUCCUCUGGAUGUACCAUUGAGAUUCUUGAAUAA